AUGAUCCAGGAAACGGUAGCAUUUUUAAAGGACCACUGGGUCUUGGUGCUUCUCUCGACUGUUACCACGCACCUUGUCUACAAUUACGCCAGGAAGGGGCUUUGGAGAAUACCAGGCCCAUGGUUUAGAGGAAUUUCUUCCCUUCCCCGUAUCCUCUCGGUUUAUAACAACAAGUCCCACGAUGAAGACAUUCAGCUGCAUCAAAAAUACGGCAAUAUCGUACGCCUAGCCCCAAAUCUACUCUCUAUCGCCGAUCCCGUCGAGAUCAACCAAAUAUACGGCAUUGGGACCAAGUUUUAUAAAUCUGGGUUCUAUAACCUCUCUUCAGCAUACGAUGAUGAGGGCUUGGUUCCGGACACGUUUGUCCUGACUGACAAAACUCUACACACGAGAAUGAAAAGGAACGCAUCUAAUGCGUACUCGACAAACGGAUUAGUGCAGAUGGAGUCAUGGAUCGACCCAGUGACCGAGCGACUGCUAGGGAAAUUGCAUCGCCAAGCAGGGGAGCCCAUCGAGAUCUCAAGCAUAUUAAAAGACUAUGCCAUGGAUGCCGUCUUUGCGGUCACGUUUGGGAGAGACUUCAACUACAUUGAAAACGGCGAUGUCCUGAAGAUGUACGGCAUUUUGGAAACUGUCGCAGACUACAUGGCAAUCUUUGGACAAAUCCCCUGGAUCCAUAAAUUUCUUCUGGGUCGGCCAUUUAUAGCCUCGCUCAUGUUUGGUAGUGGCGGCGGCGAUAAGGAAAUGAUGCAGCUCGCUGUGUCCCAGGUCGAGUCCGCUAAGCAGAAUCCAUCCGAGGGCGGCCCUUUGACCUUUCUUCAGCGAUUGCUCCUAAAUCAGGCCAAGGAUCCAUCAUCUAUCAACGAUCGAGAGAUCAUGACCCAUGCAUUUGGAAACAUUUCCGCUGGGAGCGAUACUACUGCCAUUGCGUUACGUUCCAUCCUGUAUCAUAUCUUAAAGGACCGCCGGGUUUAUGAUAAACUCUACGACGAAUUUCGUGCUCUGGAGGCUCCCGUUCAAUUUGCCGACGCUAACAAGUUGCCGUAUUUUGCCGCUGUCAUUCAAGAGGCGCUCCGGUUACAUCCUUCAGUCGGCAUGAUGCUUGCCCGCAUAGUCCCCGCUGGAGGUGCAGAUUUGUGCGGGUUCCAUCUCGCCGAAGGCACGGAAGUUGGCAUCAACCCGUGGGUGUUGCAUCGCAACCCGGAAGUGUUUCCUAACCCUGACAGCUUUCGCCCUGAACGGUGGCUGCCAUCGGAGACGGAUGAGAUCCAGCGUACGCUUAUGAACAGGUCGUUUUUCGCCUUUGGUCAUGGCGCACACACCUGCAGCGGGCGUUGGAUUAGCUUGAUGGAGAUGAAAAAGGUGAUUCCGUCUUUAAUGCUGAGAUUUGAGAUGACGUUGGUAAGUGAGGAGAAUUAUGGGUUUAAGAAUCGUUGGUUCACGCCGCAGCAUGGUCUACAUGUACAGUUUAUUGAAAGGACGCGAUAG